AUAAAUCUGUUUGCACUGCCUCAGUUAGCAAGUCUAACCUACUUUUGUUUUCUUAUCCAGGGAGAAAUCCACCUGCUUUGUUAAGGUUUCUUGUAUGCUGCAUUCGGUUACAUUAGUCAGAUAAGCUGGCAGAGCGUCAUAUCACUUCAUUGGGUACUGGGCAAAUAAAGCCAUAGAUCAACAGGCUUGACAAUGCAUCUCCGUCAGCUUUUGAAAGCUCUGGCGCUGGCCAUGGCGUUGGUGAUGGCCUCAGGUGUGGAUGUAAACAAACAUGAAGAGAAAAUGAGCACAUGCCCCGUCAUUCAGUGUUGUGCGCCUGGAACCAAUGGUUUACCAGGCAGAGAUGGAAGAGAUGGGAGAGAAGGUCCCAAAGGAGAAAAGGGAGACCAAGGAGCAGGUGAGAGGGGUUUGCAGGGUUUCCCUGGAAAAGCAGGGCCUCAAGGGACAAGAGGAAAUCAAGGACCACGAGGCGAGAAAGGACAAAAGGGAGAAAAUGCAAGUGAGAAGUCAACUCCCCCUCUCUCAGCUUUUGAUGCUCUUCAAAGACAAGUAUCUGCUUUGGAAAAGAACAUCCAGACUCUACAAGCUGACAUUAGCAAAUUCCAAAAUAUUUUUAAUUUGCGGUGGGCUAAGAUUGUAGGCAAGAAAAUAUUUGUGUCAACGGGCACAAAAGCUUCUUUUCAACAUGGAAAAUCCCUGUGCGCAAAAGCUGGAGGCUCGCUUUCCUGCCCACGCAAUGAAGCUGAGAAUGCAGCCUUGAAAGAAGUCGUGAAGACGGAAUCAAACCGAGCGUAUUUAGGGUUGACUGAUAUGCAAACCGAAGGUAAAUUUGUGUAUCUGAAUGGAGAACCUGUAGCUUACACAAACUGGAACAGUGGAGAACCAAAUGAUCAAGAUAAUGAAGACUGUGUCUUAAUAUACGACGAUGGAAAAUGGAAUGACCUGGAUUGUUCAACUGCAGAAAUAUUAAUUAUUUGUGAAUUUUAAUCUUUUUCUACACUUAGUUCUGUGGCAUUCCCAAGUCUGUUUAAAACAAUCAAAAUGCUCCCAUUGACUUACUAGGUACAGCUGAAUAAAUAAUGGAUUUUUCAGUUCAGCGACUAUACUGAAAAAUCUGCGAUAGGUAAAGAGUUACAUUCAAGCUGAUACAAUGUUAUUGUUGUUUUCAAAAUUUUCCAUCUCAUUGUAAAACUUGAAAAAAAAUGUAGCAUUGAUCAUCAUGUUUUGAGGAACUUACAACAAUUUUGUUUUCAAAUUUUUUAUUGUAAUAUGAUCAAUGUCUGGUACUUUUCACCCUUUUUUAUAAUUGCUCAAAUUUGAAUUUAAAAUGCCAUUUUGAAACAAAAUGUCAAACCAAAACAUUUCAAAAUAAUCAAACCAAAAAGGUUUCAACUUUUUUAAAAAAGUGGUUUUUAACCAUUUGUCAGAUUUCACUCACAUUCUCAAAUAGUUUUGGACCACUGGCCUUUUCGACGGAAAUUGUUUGCUGGAAUUCACCCAGAUCUAUUAAUGGGUUUUUGGUUCACAAAGUUAUACAGGCUGUAAAAGAUCCAGAACUGCAGAUCACAACUGGAUGGCAAAGGGCUGCAAAGGUGAUAACAUUGCCAGUGUCAGGCAUGAGGAAAAUGUAUUCAGAAGAUGGGGAGGGUGUUGAAUAUCUCUAGUUUUUCUUGUGCAAAUACUGUGCCAUCAAGGAUGAUGCCCUGUAUAGUUAGUUAUUCUUUCUCAUGCUCCUGUACUCACCUGAAGUAUUGUCACUGCCUGGCUGCCCUGCACUGGAAGAAAUGCUUUUUUCUUUGUCAUGCUUUCUGGUUUGGAUGACCAUGUACCAAAGCAGCCACUCAACCACAUAGGGAGUGACUGUGCAACAUUGCUUGCUUUGUGCUCAAGCAGAAAAGCUUCUCGUAUGCUCACAUAAACUGGAAAUGGUCACUGUUUAUUCCAGGGCUGGGCAAAAUACAGGAGAGGAGAAGGAGAGGGAGGCUUUGUGCACUCUCCCCACCCCUAGACCAAUCCUCAGUUCUUAUUGGCCAGAAACAAUCAGCCAAUAAGAACGGACUUCCACCAAUCUCUAAGCUCCUAUUGGCUGAAAACAGCCAGCCAAUUGGAGCUGAGUGAUUGAGGCAGUGCAAGUCUCUUUCCCAUGCCAAGUUGAGAGCCACAUGGAGGGAGCAGCCUGUAUUUUCAAGUGGGCUAGGGCUGCAGCAGGCAGGGAGCCCAGCCUGCCUUGGGGGUGCAGCAGCCUUCUGGCCAGGAGACACUUAGAUAAACUCCUCCCAGCCAGCACCUGCCU